CGUCUCGCGAAUCCUGUGUUUCUCGCGGGUCGCGCGCAACGGCUCUUUUCCACGCACCCCGGCUCCGCGCGUCGCCGCGCAAAUUCGGCCGAAACACGGAAGCGCCUCCGGUCCCGAGGACGACGCCGGAUCCCGACGUCGUCGCGCGCGGCGCCUCGCGCCCGUGGAGAAGUUUCAUCCCGUCGUUCGCAAGUCGGGUCGCGCUCCCGCGACCCACAGCGUCGGCAGAGGUGGCGUGGGGCACAGCCGUGAUGGAAUUGCAGAGCUGGUUGCUCUAUCAUUUAGUGGCCGUCACCGACUGCAAUCAAGGAAACGGUGGUCUACCGAUGCUUGAUGUGAUGCAGUCGGCAAACACAAUUGGAAGUGGCGGCGGCGGGGGCGGAGGUGGAGGUGGCGGCGGGGGGUCGUACGCCGCCGGUGGCGGAAGUCGCACCCGCGACUUAGGGCUGCGCGCCCAGAAAAAGCUCCUCGGCCGCAUAGUGUCCACUAACGCAGGCCGGUCGCUCUUCAUCGACGACGCCACGACGUCGUUGCUCGACAAUCUGUACAAAUUGAUGGAGAGCGCCGUCAAGAGCAAUCCGCACUUGGACAAGAAGGAACCUGAAAAAGUCCUCAAGAACAUCAUCAAAUUGUCCAUCAAGAUUGGACUCGUGCAGCGCAGCCAUCAGUUCCAUACGAACGACGUCGCGAAGCUGGAGGAGAUCCGGGAGGCUCUGGGGACAGUGGCGAUGACUGUCGUGUCGUUCUACGAGGUGGAUUACAGUUACGACCAGGAGUACCUGACGGGCUCGAUGGAACGUUGCAGGACGUUGCUGCAGCAGCUGAUAAAGCCGCACCUCACGGACAAGUCGUCGCAGCGCUGCGACCAGGUGUUCGACUUCCUCGCGUAUCCCAAAUUCUUGGACUCGGUGUUCCGAUACGACUCCGAACACAGACCGAUCCUCGGCAUGCUAGUCAGUGACCUCAACAAGGCGUUGGACGCCAGGCGGCUUUGAUUUCACACGAAUGAGAUCCACGUAACGUUAAUGAGAACGAACCGACCGCCGAUCGCAACGCGAUCCGGUCGCCGCCG